AUGGGAGACAGGACUGUGGGGGACAGGACUGUGGGAGACAGGACCGUGGGAGACAGGACCGUGGGAGACAGGACCGUGGGGGACAGGACCGUGGGAGACAGACCUGUGGGAGACAGACCUGUGGGGGACGGGACCGUGGGAGACGGGACCGUGGGAGACAGGGCUGUGGGAGACGGGACNAGACAGACCUGUGGGGGACAGGACCGUGGGAGACGGGACUGUGGGAGACGGGACUGUGGGAGACAAGACUGUGGGAGACAGGGCUGUGGGAGACGGGACUGUGGGAGGCGGGACUGUGGGAGACAGACCUGUGGGAGACAGGGCUGUGGGAGACGGGACUGUGGGAGACGGGACUGUGGGAGACAGACCUGUGGGAGACAGGGCUGUGGGAGACGGGACUGUGGGAGACGGGACUGUGGGAGACAGACCUGUGGGAGACAGGGCUGUGGGAGACGGGACUGUGGGAGACGGGACUGUGGGAGACAGACCUGUGGGAGACAGGGCUGUGGGAGACGGGACUGUGGGAGACGGGACUGUGGGAGACAGACCUGUGGGAGACAGGGCUGUGGGAGACGGGACUGUGGGAGACGGGACUGUGGGAGACAGACCUGUGGGAGACAGGGCUGUGGGAGACGGGACUGUGGGAGACGGGACUGUGGGAGACAGACCUGUGGGAGACAGGGCUGUGGGAGACGGGACUGUGGGAGACGGGACUGUGGGAGACAGACCUGUGGGAGACAGGGCUGUGGGAGACGGGACUGUGGGAGACGGGACUGUGGGAGACAGGCCUGUGGGAGACAGGACCGUGGGAGACAGGACCAUGGGAGACAGACCUGUGGGAGACAGGACUGUGGGAGAUAG